UAGCAAACAGCUUGGCAAUUAAUCCUGGCAAGUUAGUCAUCAAUUUGAUAGCACUGCACGUCAUCCAAAAGGUAGGGGGAAUUCAUUGUUAGUUUCAAUUAGCAAGGGGCUGGCAGAGCUCAGAACUGCCUAAAAGCUCAGUGUUCCAGAACUGCUGAGAUAAAUUACUGAAUCAAUUAAAUCACAACAGUGGAUGUCUGCAAGCAUAUUUAAAGCUAGCAAACAAGCUACUGAGAAUUAGUGGGAGGAGAAAGACUAGCAGGAGGUUUCUUUGGUGUUGUGUUUGGUGGUGUUUUUCUUAAGCUGUUGGAGUUUGUUCUGUUCUGCCAUUAACAUUAGUUAAAUAUAGCUAAAAGCUGGUGUUGACUUAAAGCAAAAUAAUCUGGUAAAGAGUAAGAACGAAAAUGACUUUCCUUCCAAAGUGGUUAACUUUUCUGAAAGGCAAAGAAGUUGUUAUUGCUAAUGCUAUAAUUGCAAUACUGACAAUUGGUGGGCAGCAGCUUUUCUCUUUUUUCACAUUCAGCUGUCCCUGUCACGUUGGACAGAACCUUAUUUAUGGGCUGGCUUUCCUAGGAGUUCCUGCACUGAUCCUUCUGAUUGUUGGCUAUGCCCUGAAUAACCAGACUUGGAGGUUGGUUACAGGCAAAAGAUCUCAUUUUGAGAAGGUGACUAUAUCAAACCGGUUCCUGAAAUGCAAAUUGAUCUGCUUUGUCCUGUGUAGCAUCACUGGGAGAGCACUGGUUGCUCCAGUAACAUGGCUAGCAGUCACUCUGAUAAAUGGUUCAUAUUAUGUCUGCGCUGUGAGUGAGUAUGUCCCCACGUAUUAUUAUGGAGCUAAUCCUAAUGUUACUGCUAGUGAACACAGAAGGAUACUGGCUACAUUUCCAUGCAGUCAGUUAGUUCCACCAGAGAUGACCCGGGCAAGAGAUGAAGUGAUUCUCCUACUUCGAUACCAGUCACAAGUGGCUGGCUGGCUUCUGAUAGCUGUGGUAGUCAUCACUGUCUUCCUGUCUUACUGCCUGGCAAGCUGUUUCUCCCCGCUCAGCUUUCUACAUCUCAGAUACUGGAGCAGCUAUGUCCACAAUGAGCAGGAGCUCUUUGAUGAGGCAACGGAGCAGCACUCCAGGCUCUACGCCAUGCAGCACGUAAGGAAGUUUUUUGGCUUUGUCCCAGGAAGUGAAAAUGUAAAGGAAAUUCGCAUCCCAUCUCUCAGAGAGUGGCAAGCCAUUUCUGGACUGGCCUUUCUAAAACAAGUGGAUGAGGAGCACUAUGAUUAUAGUCUCCUCCAUGACUGGGCACUCAAAGAACGUGCAAAUGGAAAAUACUUGAAGACUGAUGAAGACCCUUUGAUCAAAACACAGCUCUGAGGAUCCAAGCCACCACACCACCUUGUAGAAAUGCAGGACCCUGUCUAGCUCUGUAUCAGACCUGAGCUGCUCUGGAACUUUCCAAUGCAUUAUUACAUUGAUAUAUAAAGUAUGUGAGCAAGUACAUCUUGUUAAUG